AUGUACUAUGUACAGGCAAAAGUUAAUUAUUUCAACCUUUAUACAAUGGUCUGCAAGUACCACAAAUUGGCAGCUGCUUGCAUGAGACUCGCCCAACAAACUCAAGUGAAUCCUGCUACUGUCAGAGCCAAUGAUAGUACUGUGCAGGAGCCCAACAAUGACAAUGGCAAUGGCAAUGGUGAUGACGAUGACAACGAUAACUUUGAUUGUGGGUUUACUGGUGGUGUUCACUGCUUGUUGCCUGAGCUUGACAGUGACUCAGAAUUUGAGAUGGAUUGGGAGUCAGAAUCAGAUAGUGGAGAGAGUGUUGUUGAGCUGGAGGGUGAAGAGCUCGAAAGUAGUUUGGCACAGUUGAGAGACAAGGUUACCUCACUGGCAGAACCCACACCUUAUCAGAAGGUGGCUGGACCCAAGAUGAGCAAGAACUGGAAGAAAGCUGAGAGAAGCUGA